GGGGAGGCAGUGCUGUUCACACAUUCGCACACCAGCUAGCAUCAAACACAAUGGCUGACCACACCGACGAAUCUACAACGCCAAUAUUCACCGCAGAGCAGGCAAAAGCUGCCCUGGUGGACAUCCUCGAGGCGUUUAAGCAGCCUGACAACGUGACUAAGAUGGAGGAAGCUCGCGACAACGCUGGCACGGACAUGAUGCAGACAAUGAUGGUGGUCUUCCCCAUCGCGACGCAGAUACAGAUGGAGGUGAUACCGCACUAUGGCUUCCCCGCCGAUGGAGAAGGAAUCAUCAAGUUUGCCCAGAUUGUGCGCAGCUUGGAGAAGGAGAGUGCAGAAUUGGCGGAGCUCAAUGAACAACUUAGAUCGAUUUUCAUUCCAAAGAUGGCAGCACCGGUGACGUAACCCGACCAACGCCCCCAACAGUACGCAAGCCUUCCCGGCCUGGAUGAGGCUCUUGAUAUGUUAUGUUGCAUGAGAUUUUCCCUACAAAUUCUGCCAAUUAUGUUAAGUCCAGAUAAAAUUUUACUGCGUGUUAUAAGCCCAGAUAAAAUUUUACUGCGUAUAUUAAGCCCAGAUAAAAUUUUACUGCACAAGUUAAACAAGAUACUUCUCUAAUUGUAAUUGUUUAUACCAGUAGGCAUGCUAUGGGUUGUAAGUUAGCUGUUUUUAAGCAAGCUGUGAUGGCUUGGAUUCACAUACUCGACGUAAAUUAUGUGUUUUUACGAAUAAAUUAUAUCUAUACUGACUGCUUUUUGCUUGUAAAAUAAAUUAUUUUUCAUAAAUUG